UGUCCCAUUCUUCGUGCCGAUUUGGUUAAGCGUCGAUCUGACCAGGAUUGAAAGUCCUAUUUCGCAAUGGGUACACCCGUGGGUAUCGUAAAUGCAUGUACAAAAAUGCAAUUUAUUUGCUCAUGUCUUGUGAUUCUGAUAGCCCCUCAAAUAAGCGGUGUACGCUUUAGAUGGUCAUAUGGAAACAGUCAUGGAAAUCAGGAAUCAACCCAGAACUCCAUUGGCUCACGAGGAGGGGGUGCAUUCUGGCAGGAGGAUGUGUUUAAUACGUGGGUGUUUGGGGGACAAGGAAUUUACAAUGGAAAAUCAGCUCUGAAGAAUGACCUUUGGAAAUAUAAUGUAAUAAAGAGAGAGUGGACUCUUGAACAUCCUGGAUCUGAAAAGUCAGAUGUGUCUUCCAAAGAUCAAAGGGUACCUGCUGCAAGGAGGUUGGCAUCAAUGUGCGGGGUGCCCAAUGUGCUGAUUGUGCUGUUUGGGGGAAUGAAUAAAGACAAGCAAGUGUUUGGAGACACCUGGAUCUUCACAUUUAAAGAAAAGAAAUGGCUUCCUCUCGCAGAAAUGUUGAAAAAACUUCGGAAUGAAUCUGUGGUUGACUCUCCUAAUCCCAGAGCAGAUGCUGUGUUGUGGUGUAUGCAGACAAAGAUGAUGAUUUAUGGAGGAAUAUCAGAAAAUUCUGCUCUUUUGGAUGAUAUGUGGGAGUAUAGUUUGGUUGAUCUUACUUGGCGACAGGAAAAACUAUCAGCAGAACUUCACCGUGAGGGCAUAAUUCCUCCCAGCAUUUCUUAUCCGGGCGGCCGUAGUGGGGCAGCAGCAUGGGUAGGGCAUAAUGAACAGCUUUAUUUGUUUGCUGGAAAUAGCCAAAAUGAGAAUAAGAUUGAUUCUCAUCAUAACUCUGGGUUUUCAACCGAUUUAUGGAAUUUCAAUUGUAAGAAAAACACAUGGGAAAAAUUAAUGGGAGAGAGCAAAUGUUUACCUGGUUAUUAUGGACAGAAAGGAAAGGCGAAUAAGAAGAGUAUUCCAGGAUGCCGGAGAGGAGCCAUCAGUUGGACUGAUAGCGAGGGGCAUCUGUGGAUGUUUGGGGGAGAGGGGGCAUCAUCAGAAUCCAAAUCCAUCUCCAGUGAGUUACCAGAUGUUAUUUUGAAUGACCUGUGGUAUUUUGAUCUGGACUAUAAGAUGUGGUCAUGGAUGGGUGGCACCAACAUGGGUAGUGACCCUGGAAGUUAUGGUUCAGCGAACAACGAGUUUGAGAACGGGAAAUACCCAAGCUGCCGCACUGAUGCCAUAUCUUUUCAUACGUGGAAUGAAUUGUAUGUUGUAGGGGGGAUUGGACACGACUCAAACAAGGCCUUCAGUCUGCUGGACGACGUAUGGGGCAUUGACGUCCACUCUGAUGUGAAUUAUCGGAACUCUGCCUGGCCUAGCUCUGUAUUUUGGUGGCUCUUUCUGUUUCUGAGCUUGUUAGCUGUGAUGGUGGUUACCUUUUCUUUUGCACGACGUGGACAAAGAGAGAAAAAAAAGUACAAUGUAGAAUAUUCUGUGCUUCAAGGUGAAGCUGAAUAGUUGGGAAAACUCAGGAUCAAUUUGUUAUUUUAUUUACAUGUUUCUUGAUCUCAUGUUUUUCAAGGAAAAAUUUUGGUUAUUCAUGCAAGCUUAUGCACAUGUAGGUAGUAAAGGAUUAUUUUGUUAUCUAUGCAUACUAGUACUAUCAUUCCAGAAGUAAAAUAUAUUGUAUGUGAUCUUUUUACUGUAAUAACUUUUUUUCAGAUCUUUUGUCUGUGUUCGUAAACAAGGUUAUAUGUUAUUGAUGAUGAUGUGCAAUUAUCUCUAAAAACUCCUCAAAAUAUAAACCUUACAGUGUGUUGCUAAGUGAAAUGUUUCCAGUAUUUAUUGAUGUUUAAAAUAAAACUGGAGUCCAGAGUUAUCUCUCAUGAUUGAAUGUUGUUAAGGUUUGUUGUAGUUUGUUUGUUUACACUUUGCUCAAGAAUGCAUGACUAUCUGUACUGUAAAUCUAUAACGAUGGGCUGUGUCACUUAUGGGUCCUGAAAAUCAUGUUUGUUUUUGCAAGUAAGAGGAUUCAAGACUGUAUAUAAAAUAUGCAAUAACUUUUUUUUAAAUUUAAACCAAGCAAAACCUUACUGUGAUUAUUGAGGGUUUAGAACUUUAGAAAUAUUGUAUGAUUUAGGUAUCAUGGUGAGAGAGAUACACCAAAGGAAAUUCUUGGACAUGUAUGAAGUUUUUUUUCUUCAUUUUUUUUAAUACAAAUACUACAGCUAUUUAUGUAUGGUUGUCAUACAAAUGUAACCUGCAUUAAAAUGAUUUUGUUAAGUUGUACAGGAUGCUGUGAUUAAAUUACAUGUACCAGAUGUUGUUCGGAGCUUUUAUUUAGUCUCAAAGUCUGCAUGUUUGUUUACUAUUCUACUUUUCAUUCUGCAUUUUUUUCUACUUUGAAUAAAAACUUACAUAUUAA